GUGGCGCCGAAUUCUGGGCCCCAACCUCAAGUUGGAGAUUUUGUGCGGCCUGACGGUGGCCUUGGCCCUGGUCCCCGAGGCCAUCGCCUUCGCGCUGGCGGCGGGGCUGCCGCCGGACGUGGGGCUCAACUCCGCGUGGAUCAUCGCGGUGGUGACCGCCAUCUUUGGAGGUCGUCCGGCCAUGAUCUGCGGCGCCACGGGGUCCCUGGCGGUGCUGGUGCCUGGCACUGUGGCCAUGCCCCACGGCAAGGAGCUGCUCUUUUACGCCGUCAUGGUCAUGGGCGUCCUGGAGAUGGUCCUGGGAGUGCUCCAAGUGGGCACGCUGGUGAAGCUCAUCCCGGUGCCGGUGAUGAUCGGGUUCUGCAACGGCCUGGCGCUGGUCAUCGGGCUCGCACAGUUCUCCAACUUCAAGGACCCAAAGGCGUUGGACAUGUCGCACGGGGAGGGAAGGCGCCUCGACGCCUUCCAUGCCUUUACAGAUGGGGCGCCCUUCAUCCAGGGCCAGGAGGCGAUUUUCGCGGCCAUCAUCACCGUUCUGGCCUUUGCUGUCUCCAUGUGGCUUCCGAAGCUCUCCACGCGCGUGCCCAGCGCCCUGGUGGCCAUCGUCGCGGGCACAGCCUUCGAGUGGGCCAUCACCCGGGCGCUGUUCCACAGCGAGACGCCCAUCGUGGGGGACAUCGCGAAGAACUGUGAGCUGCCGAUCCCCUUUUGGUUCAACAAAAGCUACCCCGAGAUCCCGCCCUUCAGCGGAAAGCUGCUGCUGCAGGUGCUGCCUCUGUCGGUGACCAUGGCAGCAGUGGGCCUCCUGGAGUCCCUGAUGACGCUGACGAACCUCAUUGACGAGAUCACCUCCACCAAGGGCAACCCCACGAGAGAAUGUCUUGGUCAAGGACUGGCCAACCUGAUCUGUGGUGCCUUUGGUGGGAUGGGCGGCUGCGCAAUGAUCGGACAGUCCAUGAUUAACAUCGGCUCCGGCGCGCGAUCACGGCUCUCAUCCCUGACGGCAGGCCUUUUCCUGCUGGUCAUUGUGCUAGUGGCGUACCCGGGGAUCAAGCAGAUCCCUGUCUCAGCUUUGGUGGGGGUGAUGUUCAACGUCUGCUACCACACCUUCGAGUGGAGCUCCUUGCGGCUCAUGUGCCUGGCAGCACUGCCCCUGAGGUGGCGCCAGCGUUGCUUCAGCACCAAAACCUCGGCCCAGCAGAUCCGCCGCACCGAGACGCUUUGGUGA